AUGGCGAGAAGUGAUCUUUCGAUUUUACUCUCUACUCUCCUUCUGUUUCUGCCUCUACUGACGGUAGCUGAAGCGGAACUGGGGAAAUCUGAGAAGUUUCCGGUAGUGGUGAGUACUUGGCCUUUCCUUGAAGCAGUUAGAGCCGCUUGGAGAGAAGUUGAUAAUGGGAGCUCUGCAGUAGAAGCUGUCGUGGAAGGUUGCUCUGCUUGUGAGGAACUCCGCUGUGACGGUACAGUUGGGCCUGGAGGAAGUCCGGAUGAGAACGGUGAGACCAUGAUUGACGCUCUAGUCAUGGAUGGGGUGACUAUGGAGGUUGGAGCUGUUGCUGCAAUGCGGUAUGUCAAAGACGGUAUAAGAGCUGCAUGGCUGGUGAUGAAGCACUCUCAACACACGUUGCUCGCUGGAGAAGGAGCGUCAGCGUUUGCCAUCUCUAUGGGUCUUCCCGGACCUAUGAACCUAAGCUCCCCUGAAUCCUUAAAGAAGUGGUCGGACUGGAAAGAGAAUCAAUGUCAACCCAAUUUCAGGAAGAAUGUAGUUCCUGCAAACAACUGUGGACCUUACAAGCCAAACAAUGGUGGUAUGGAUGUUUCUGGAGGCAUACGCACUGAAUCUUGCGAGAUGGGAACAAUUGAGUAUAAACUGCCUCUUGUUGGCCCUCACAACCACGAUACCAUAUCUAUGGCUGUCAUUGACAAAAUGGGGCAUAUUGCUGUUGGGACAUCGACCAAUGGAGCAACAUUCAAGAUCCCUGGAAGAGUGGGUGAUGGGCCUAUCGUCGGCUCAUCAGCAUACGCUGAUGAUGAAGUAGGUGGAUGUGGUGCAACUGGAGAUGGCGACAUCAUGAUGCGUUUCCUUCCUUGCAAAUCUAAUGACCAAUACAUGUCUAUUCUCGUGGGGCUAACAUUGAAUCUAUGUAUGUGA